AUGUCUUUAACAGAACACACUAUGGCCACGCCUUUAGAAGAUGUUGGCAAACAGGUCUGGCGUGGCGCCUUCCUAUUGGCUGAUUUAAUCCUGUCUCAGCCAACUACAUUCAGAGGAGCCACCGUCUUGGAGUUGGGGGCAGGGACUGUGACCAGCGUAGUCAUGGCAACGGUGGCCAAAACAGUGUACUGCACAGACGUUGGGGAGGACCUACUGAGCAUGUGCCAGAAGAACGUGACGUUGAACAGACACCUGAUGGAACCUGCAGGUGGGAAGGUGCGAGUACGUCUACUGGACUGGCUCAGACACGAUCUCUGCACAGACGCUGAUGCAGAGUUUGGAUGGACAGAGGAUGAAGUGGCAGAUCUCCAUGACAACACAACAAUUAUCAUCGCCGCUGACGUGUGCUACGAUGACGACCUGACAGACGCGCUGUUCCGAACUCUGUACAGAAUCUGUAACAACCUCCGUCUCCCCUGUACUACAUACCUGUCUAUAGAGAAGAGGCUGAACUUCACUCUGAGACACAUGGACAUAUCCUGCGAGGCCUACGAACAUUUCCGCCGCUGUCUGUGUGAGAUGCAGGAGCUGAGGGACGGACGGACCUGCUUCACAGUGGAGCAGGUCACACCCUCUUUCCCACAGUGCCUGCUGUAUGAGCGCAUAGAGCAACUGGAGUUGUGGAAAGUGACAGCGGUGCCUGUCUAACCCUCUGAGGAGCUGACCUGCUCCUAGACCUGCUCCUUAGACCUGCUCCUAGACCUGCUCCUAGACCUGCUCCUUAGACCUGCUCCUUGACCUUCUCCUAGACCUUCUCCUAGACCUGCUCCUAGACCUGCUCCUAGACCUGCUCCUUAGACCUGCUCCUUGACCUUCUCCUAGACCUGCUCCUUAGACCUGCUCCUUAGACCUUCUCCUAGACCUGCUCCUAGACCUGCUCCUUAGACCUGCUCCUUGACCUUCUCCUAGACCUGCUCCUUAGACCUUCUCCUAGACCUGCUCCUAGACCUGAGACAUGGAGUUUUCUGAUCUUAGACCUGCUCCUAGACCUGCUCCUAGACCUGCUCCUUGACCUGCUCCUUGACCUGCUCCUUGACCUUCUCCUAGACCUGCUCCUAGACCUGCUCCUAGACCUGCUCCUUAGACCUGCUCCUUGACCUACUCCUAGACCUGGUCCUAGACCUUCUCCUAGACCUGCUCCUUGACCUGCUCCUAGACCUGCUCCUAGACCUUCUCCUAGACCUUCUCCUAGACCUGCUCCUAGACCUGCUCCUAGACCUGAGACAUGGAGUUUUCUGAUCUUAGACCUGCUCCUUGACCUGCUCCUUGACCUGCUCCUUGACCUGAGACAUGGAGUUUUCUGAUCUUAGACCUGCUCCUAGACCUGCUCCUAGACCUGAGACAUGGAGUUUUCUGAUCUUAGACCUGCUCCUUGACCUGCUCCUUGACCUGAGACAUGGAGUUUUCUGAUCUUAGACCUGCUCCUAGACCUUCUCCUAGACCUGCUCCUUGACCUGCUCCUUGACCUGCUCCUAGACCUGCUCCUUGACCUGCUCCUUGACCUGAGACAUGGGGUUUUCUGAUCUUAGACCUGCUCCUAGACCUGCUCCUUGACCUGCUCCUUGACCUGAGACAUGGAGUUUUCUGAUCUUAGACCUGCUCCUUGACCUGAGACAUGGAGUUUUCUGAUCUUAGACCUGCUCCUUGACCUGCUCCUUGACCUGAGACAUGGAGUUUUCUGAUCUUAGACCUGCUCCUAGACCUGAGACAUGGAGUUUUCUGAUCUUAGACCUGCUCCUAGACCUGAGACAUGGAGUUUUCUGAUCUUAGACCUAGUGUUUUCUGAACCUCUUGUGGUCAGUGUUGAGAAGGUAUUGAUAAAAUAUAUAGAUUAUUUAGUGAACUAAUAGCAGUCAUUUCAAUCAGGGCAGCUGGACAGCAGUGAACAAAGACACUAGGAAUGAUCUCUGUAAAUGAACUCACUUGUCAAAUAAGAUGUUUUUAAGCUCAGACCAGGGGUUGUGAUAUAUAUAUUCACUAUAUUCUCAUUUACUUGCUGUUAGAUUGAAGUGAACCGGUAAAAUGGGACAGUCCCAUAACCUCUGAAUGUUUUAUUCCAAUGUAAAGGAUGAGUGAUCAGGUCAAACACUGACCUGGGAUGCAUCCCAAAUGGUAUCCUAUCCUCAAUAUAGUGCACUACUUUAGACCAGAGCACUUUGGACCCUGGACCAGAGCCCUAUGGACCCUGAACCAGAGCCCUAUGGACCCUGGUCUAGAGCCCUAUGGACCCUGGUCUAGAGCCCUAUGGACCCUGGUCCAGAGCCCUGUGGACCCUGGUCUAGAGCCCUGUGGACCCUGGUUUAGAACCCUGUGGACCCUGGUCUAGAGCCCUGUGGACCCUGGUCUAGAGCCCUGUGGACCCUGGUCUAGAGCCCUGUGGACCCUGGUCUAGAGCCCUAUGGACCCUGGUCCAGAGCCCUAUGGACCCUGGUCCAGAGCCCUAUGGACCCUGGUCUAGAGCCCUAUGGACCCUGGUCUAGAGCCCUAUGGACCCUGGUCCAGAGCCCUAUGGACCCUGGUCUAGAGCCCUAUGGACCCUGGUCUAGAGCCCUAUGGACCCUGGUCCAGAGCCCUGUGGACCCUGGUCUAGAGCCCUGUGGACCCUGGUCUAGAGCCCUAUGGACCCUGGUCCAGAGCCCUAUGGACCCUGGUCCAGAGCCCUAUGGACCCUGGUCUAGAGCCCUAUGGACCCUGGUCUAGAGCCCUAUGGACCCUGGUCCAGAGCCCUAUGGACCCUGGUCUAGAGCCCUAUGGACCCUGGUCUAGAGCCCUAUGGACCCUGGUCCAGAGCCCUGUGGACCCUGGUCUAGAGCCCUGUGGACCCUGGUUUAGAACCCUGUGGACCCUGGUCUAGAGCCCUAUGGACCCUGGUCUAGAGCCCUAUGGACCCUGGUCCAGAGCCCUAUGGACCCUGGUCUAGAGCCCUAUGGACCCUGGUCUAGAGCCCUGUGGACCCUGGUCUAGAGCCCUGUGGACCCUGGUCUAGAGCCCUAUGGACCCUGGUCUAGAGCCCUAUGGACCCUGUUCUAGAGCCCUAUGGACCCUGGUCUAGAGCCCUAUGGACCCUGGUCUAGAGCCCUAUGGACCCUGGUCUAGAGCCCUGUGGACCCUGGUCUAGAGCCCUAUGGACCCUGGUCUAGAGCCCUAUGGACCCUGAACCAGAGCCCUAUGGACCCUGUACCAGAGCCCUAUGGACCCUGGUCUAGAGCCCUAUGGACCCUGGUCUAGAGCCCUAUGGACCCUGGUCUAGAGCCCUAUGGACCCUGGUCUAGAGCCCUGUGGACCCUGGUCUAGAGCCCUGUGGACCCUGGUCUAGAGCCCUAUGGACCCUGGUCUAGAGCCCUAUGGACCCUGGUCUAGAGCCCUGUGGACCCUGGUCUAGAGCCCUGUGGACCCUGGUCUAGAGCCCUGUGGACCCUGGUCUAGAGCCCUAUGGACCCUGGUCUAGAGCCCAAUGGACCCUGGUCUAAAAUAGUGCACUAUAUAGGGACCAGAGUCCAAUGGGACACUACGUUAAUGUCUGUUUAUAACUUAUAAGACAUUAUUAAAUAGCUUGUUAACAUUUGAGUAAAUAAACUGUUCAUCAAUCAGUAUUUCUAAGUUCAUAUAUUUAAUAAAAUAAACUACCUAAUAGUUUAAUAAUGUGUGUAUAUUGAUACAAGACCACGACACUGUUUAUUUCACAAUUAUACACUCAUCUUUUGAUUCAAAAUGACUAAAUAAAAUACAAGUUAUUGUUUUA